CCACACAACGAAAUCACAAUUUCGACUCGAGCGAAGAAACCCCCAAAUUUCGUGACCUCGAUUCCACGGUCUCCAUCACUAACCAAGCAGCACCUCUGUCCCGCCGUUGACAAAGCUGCUCGUCAAGAUGGCUGUUGGCAAGAACAAGAGACUGUCCAAGGGCAAGAAGGGCCUUAAGAAGAGGGCCCAGGACCCUUUCGCCCGUAAGGACUGGUACGGCAUCAAGGCCCCCGCGCCGUUUGCCAUCCGAGAUGUCGGCAAGACCCUGGUCAACCGGACCACCGGUCUCAAGAACGCCAACGAUGCCCUGAAGGGUCGCAUCGUCGAGGUCUCGCUCGCCGAUCUGCAGAAGGACGAGGACCACUCUUUCCGCAAGGUCAAGCUCCGUGUGGAUGAGGUCCAGGGCAAGAACUGCCUGACGAACUUCCACGGGCUCGACUUCACCUCGGACAAGCUCCGCUCGCUCGUCCGCAAGUGGCAGACCCUGAUCGAGGCCAACGUCACCGUUAUGACCACCGACCACUACCUCCUCCGCUUGUUCGCGAUUGCCUUCACCAAGCGCCGCCCCAACCAAAUUAAGAAGACAACAUAUGCCGCUACCUCACAAAUUCGCGCGAUCCGCCGCAAGAUGACCGAGAUCAUCCAGCGCGAGGCUUCCAGCUGCACCCUGACCCAGCUCACCUCCAAGCUCAUCCCCGAGGUGAUCGGCCGCGAGAUUGAGAAGGCUACUCAGGGCAUCUACCCCCUCCAGAACGUCCACAUCCGCAAGGUUAAGCUGCUGAAGCAGCCCAAGUUCGACCUUGGUGCCCUGAUGACGCUCCACGGCGAGUCGAGCACUGAUGAGCAGGGCCAGAAGGUUGAGCGGGAGUUCCGUGAGCAGGUCCUCGAGGCGGUAUAAGGGUUGUUAUUGGGAACGCACUGGGCAGGGUUUUCAUCAGCAAUA